AUGCGGUCUUCGCGAAGCUCUGUGAAGCUGGCAAGAUGUGUAAAGCCCCCGCCCCUGCCGGUGCCCCGUCCACAUUCGAUCCGGUCAAUAGCCUCACAGAGUCACAGCACUUCAGAGACGCCUCGGGAUUCCAAUAAAACCAGAACUAUCCUCUCCGACGAACAGAGACAAUUCCUCGAUAGUGCUCUACGUGUGAACCAGGCCGGGGAACUGGCUGCAACCCUGAUAUAUACUGCUCAAACGCCGCCCGUUGUAAAAGCACAUCCUCACCUACGCCCACUGAUGAAACACAUGUAUGAUCAAGAAGCGGGGCAUUUCAAGACUUUCAACGAACUCCUUGCGAAGCACCGAAUCAGACCGACCGCUAUGUAUCCGGUUUGGCAAGUUGCAGCAACAAUCCUGGGUUGGACAACGGCAAUGAUGGGAAGGGAAGCCGCAAUGGCGUGUACCGAGGCUGUCGAGACAGAGAUUGGAAACCACUACAAUGAACAAGUCCGGGAGCUGCUCAAAUGGAUGCAGGAACUGAAAGAGAAAGGAGAAGAGCUUGAUCCCGAGCUUAAAGUUUUAAUUGAAGAUAUCAAGCGCAUCCGCGACGAGGAACUUGAACAUUUGGAUCACGCGGUCGAGAACGAUGCGAAAGAGGCACAACCUUAUGAUCCUUUGGUAGACGUCAUUCGAUAUGGCUGCAGAGGGGCCAUCUGGAUCAGUGAACGAAUUUGA